AUGGUUGACGACUCACUGUCUCUAGUACCACAGCUCGAAAAUACGCUGCGAGAUUGCGAAGGAGAACUGAAGGAGCUUAAGCAGAUCGCUGAGAGUGCAAGAAGAAACGCCAGCGAUGGCUGGUUUCAACAUGUCAAAAAGGGAUUUAGCUGGGCGAUUGAUGAAAAGACGGUGUCACAAUCUUGUCAGCAGAUUGAGAGACAUAAGGCGAGUCUGAAUACCACACUCAGCCUCACUGGAAGGUAUGUAUGAAGAUGCACGGUAGUUCGCCAAAUCAAAAACUGCAACUAACAACCAUACAGGCAGAACGAUCUCAUUUUUCGUCAAGAAAUUGAGGCCACCAGAAAUGAUAUUUCCAGUGCCCAAGCUACCUCUGCCACAUUACUUCGCCAGGUUGAGCAACAGAUAACGACGACAUCUCAAAACAACAGCGAUGGCUUCCGGCAGAUUUCUUCAGCCAUCCAUACAUUUUCGCAGUCAAGCACGACGAAUAUAGAGCAUCUGAACAAUUCCAUUGGAACUGUUAAGACGAAUAUCGAUGGCCUGGACCGCAGUUUUCAGGCUCAAUCUUCUACUCUGCACGCAGGGUUUUCUGGGGUCAACGAGAGUCUUAUCUGUACUAAGAAUGCGCUUCUAACUCAACAACAAUCAUCAUCUUCCAGGCCUGAGACUAAAAUGGACGGAUUGUCUGCUUUAACACAAAAAAUUGCGACGUUUAGUCUGCUGCAAACCGAAGACAAUGAUUUCAUUUUUCAAGGCGACAAACUCGAAUCAAUCGUACGGCCUCUCAUGUUAUUUCAAGAAGAUUUCACUAAGGCGGUGUGUACCCUGAUGGCACAAGGUUCGAGGAAGCCUUUUAAGGCAGACGCUGAAUGGAUCCAAGAAGAAUUUGAGAAGUUGAUAGUUCGUGGUCACCAAGCCGCAACUGUCGCGGGGAAGAGGAUAUUAGCAAGGUUGCCCCCAUUUCAUACUGUCUCCAAGUCGGCUGCACAAAUACUGAACGGCUCCAGAGGACUGGGCGUAAGAGCAGAUGUCGCUCGUUCCUAUAGGCCUUUGUAACCCACUUCGGCCAAAAGAUCUACCAACUACCUCAGGUUCGAAACAGCUUUUGGUAGCAUUAUCGUGACCGAAACCUCCCAAACAAUACCAGGAGGAUCCUCUUCAUUGAAUUUACAGGUUUCAUUUAUUCCCAAGAUUCAAUUUCACUCCGUCGCAAUAAAAGUAUCGCUGGACAAAGUUUACGGUAUGGAGCCCCAAAUUAACCGAAUCAUACACACAAGCAAUCUCAUCCCCAGUUCCUCCAAAGCAUUUACAUGCGUACAGUACAAUGAUAUUAAGGGAUUAGAAGAGCUUUUUGCAAAUGGUGAAGCCUCGCCAAACGACUGCGACGAGUAUGGUUGGACUCUUAUUCUGGUAAGAACAUUCGAGAAAUCAACAGUGAAUAGUUCUGAGCCAUUGACUUCUUUGAAUCAUCAGUAUGCUGCAGUCAAAUGUAAGCUUGAAGUUUAUGACUGGCUGCUUUCCCAGGGUGCAGAUACAACACUUGGUUUUAAGAAGUAA